CACCCCGGCUUGGAGGCAGCGGUGCCCCGUUGAGGCGAGCAGCGAGAGGCCGUGUCCCAAAUGGCAGUCUACUCCUCACACAUGUGCACUAUCGCUGUGAAAUAAUCAUUGCUUCUGCAUCCUAAGUAGUUCAGUAUUCAUUUAAAGCGGAGCUCUUUAGGAUUCGGCCGUGGUCUUUAGCCGGAGAUGGUUUUAGUUCGCAGUAAAUGAGCAAAAGCUGCAGUAGGCGCUAAUUUCAUGUUAUUUAGCUGAAAGUACGACAUGUUUAGAGACAUAUAACCCCAAAAUAAGAAUAGAAAGAGGAAGAUGCUUGUCGUGAGAAGCUAAAAUAAUUCUCCAUUAUUUUUAGCCAAGCUAGCUUCGUGGUUAACACGAUAUCAAUUUAGCCAAAUAACGCUAGCUAGCUAGUUUAGCUUGUAACAAUAACCGACCAGACAGCUCGUUAGGUCCUCGUGCUUCGUUUGCUGUGUAAUAUACGUGAGGAGAUUAAUGCUAAAAUAUUAACGUUGUACUGUAAAAAAACAGCGCACUCAGGAAAGUGAAAGCUUUAGACGAGGUCCGGUACGAUUCAGUCGCUGGUACUGUGACGUCAUCGGCGGUACCGUGUGAUACCGGGAAUUACUGUUAUCGCUGUGUGAAUUAAACUUCAGUCAUGUCGAAGGUGGAGCGUCUGAAUGCUCGGGUCAGUAAGCUGCUGGCGGUGGCGGUGCAGGAGGUGCUGGAGGCCGUGAGGGAGACGGUGUCCGAGUAUCAGGAGAAAACGGCUCGGACUCAGAGGGAGAACGAGCGACUGAGGCGACGGUUACAGGAGCUGCAGGAGCUCACGUCCAACAGACACUCCGGUACAGAGGAAGCCGUUAACCAUAAUGUAGUGAAACUGACCGAAUCAGAUUCUUUAUUAAGCGGACGAAACAACGUCACUCAGAAGGACGACGAGGUCAAGCAUGAGACGGGAACUGACAAAGAUGGACCACACACAAGUCCUGUGGUUUCUCACGUCGUGCAUUCAUCUCAGCCUUGCUUUGAAGCUUCAGAGCCAAAAGUUCCAACCACUCCAUCGCAAUUCAGUCUCCGAGCCGAGGUCUCAAUGUCGCACUACAUUUCCCAUAAUGCACCAUCACCUGAACCAACAAAGCACGUAGCUACAGAUCACACACUGAGUGUAAUCAAAACCGAAGCGGAAAGUGAGGAGUAUCACAAUUACGCUUCACAAACUUUAAUUUACCAAACAGAGCAGAUGACGCAGAGCACGCCGCCGUCCUGCGCCAUCGUCCCGUUUGCACUCAACGGCUCUUUACAGAGACUCAUGACUGAAGACAUGGAGCAGAUCGGCGCCGUUUUAGACAGCACAGAGGCGGGACGUGACGAGCUGUUAAACGGUUUAUCGUACCGGAGGAGUGGGUGUGGCUUCCGCGUGCGGCGGGCGGAGAAGCGCUUCUGCUGUGCACUCUGCGGCCGCACUUUCAGCCACGCCGGCGACUUUAAGAAGCACAAGCGCGUACACACUGGCGAGAAGCCGUACCUGUGUACGCUGUGUGGGAAACGUUUCAGCCAGUCGGGGUAUCUGAAGAUCCAUCAGCGCUACCACACGGGAGAGAAACCGUACGCCUGCAGCACGUGUGGAAAACGCUUCAGCCACUCAAGCAAUUACAAAAAACACCAGCAGACUCACAUCGCCCAGAGUCUGGGUGCUAAUUUAGUUUAAGAGUAUAGGAGGUGUGUUUACUUGGACAUUUGGAGUCGGACUGAACAUAACAUACACGAUGCAAGACUGGAUUGGUGUCACAGUGGAGGUUUAUUUUGUUUUGUUUUGUUUUUACUCAGCGUGCCGGCUUUCUUCACAGCGCUGUCUUUUUCAGAUUAUGACCGCAGUGUGACAAAUGCUGACAUUUUAAGAGAUUUUAUGAAAAAGUCUUUCUAAGAAAGAAAAAAAUUAGGGGAUUUGAGCUUUUUGUUUCUUUUUGAGUUUUGUUGUAUAUACAAGGAUGUACAAUGAUUUUGUAAUAAAUUUUUCCUUUCAUUUUCACAA